CGUUCUUUCCCGGCGACAUGGAUCAUACAAAGUUGUGUUGUGGGAUAAAUUCAUUUUAACCUUCUGACCAUGGAUUUGCCGACUUGUUUAUACAAAAGGAAAGAGAUAUCCACCGGAUUAGCUCUGUGCCGUCUUCAUAGAAAUCACGAAAACUUAACCACUCCUACCGAAGGGAAUUCCGAAUCUACUGCACGAUGAUAUGGUAAGCUACCCUGCGCACAGAGUCUCCUUCGAUCUACCUAGAUAAGUCAGGAAAAGGAAGGAACCUUCCUCGUUCCCGACUUAUCUAGGAAAGAUCGAAGCGACUCUGCCAGCAGGGUAAUGGUAAGCCAGAUCGGUAAUGGUUUUGCACAUACAGUAUUUUCUUUUGUGAGUAUUGUCUUUAUCUUCGAAAAGGAAAGUAGAAAGUAAUUGAUUCGGGAAUUUAAAAUCAAUACUUUGACGAUACAAUACUUUGUUAGGAACGUUAUAUCAACAGAUCGUCGGAAGAUCCAAUGAUCGAAAUUUUCUGACACCAUCUUGAAUUGUUCACGCGAGAUAUACUCGCGAGAACGCGAACUAAGAAUUGUCACGUGAUACUUGUUGGUGAUUGUGAUUGGUUAUUUUGAGGAGCUUGCUCUUUGGCGGUUACCUCGAAUUAACGAUCGGCUUGCAGUCUCGUGAAGAUGGCGGCUGAAUCAGGCAGCCCGUUGAAGGUAAGGGUAAUCGUUUUAUUCGACCCAAGCGAUUAUUUUCAAAGGACUGAAGGGCAGUUGAAUGUUAAAGCUGUAAAAUAUAAAAGAUCGGGUGUUAGAAAUGCACGUUUGAUGGAGUUUUUUUUACCUUGGAGAUGAGUUUGCUUUUGACACGAUCGAGGAAUACGUCUUAGGAAUUCGUUUUUGUCCCAAUAUUUUACCGUUGUUUUUCGUUAAAGGGCCGCGAUUGUUAACUUCUUUGGUAGAUAACCGACCAAAGCAAAGAUCGAAGCCAGUGACUACGCAGGAAAAGGAUAGCUAAUCGUGUUAAAAGCUCUUUCCUAUUUUCCCGCCAUUUUGAAUCGCUCGCAUCUAUCACUGCAUUUGCUUUUGCAAGCUCAUCUAUAAAGGAAGACUAGUAGGGAUUGGUGCUUAGAAAUGCGCGGUUUAUGUCUAAGAAUGUAUGUGUUUUAAUUGUGGUGUAACUUUCCGAUCGUAAUUUGCAUCAUUGAUUGGCAAAAGUUAAUUCAUUCCAAUACUUCCAUGUGUACAUUUAUAUGAUAUCCUGAAAAUGGCCCAGUUUGUUGCUCUGUGUAUUUUUUUUUAAAAUAAACAAGAACAUCUAGAUCUUCGCCGCAAUACCAUGUGCCAGUACAACAGCCAAAGACUAAUCUGUUCCAAAUAAUAAUGAUCAGCUAAAUUAUAAAUGGAGCCUGGUAUCUUGCUUGAAAAACCCAUUAUAAACAAUAGUCACUGGUUCAUCAACCUUUAACUAAACGUUUCCUUGCUUUUUCUGGCCAGUUUUAAUGGCUUGAAGGUCAAAAGAAUUUGGGUUCAGGAUAAAUGGAUCGUUUCUUCGGUUUGUCCCUAUGAAAAUUCCCAAAAAAAUGGAAAAUCUGGUCCCAAAUAAUUGUGAUCAGCUAAAUUGUAGGUUCCAUUGACGUUUCUGGUAUCUACCAGUUGAUGGCGGUCGGGCAAAACCCAUUGUAACUGCACAAAUAGAACAACUUUUUGGUUCAUCAAAAUUAUACUUUUAACCCCUUUUUUCUCUUGUUUUGAGCCGUAAAUGGAAAGCAGAUAAGAUUAUUGUGAAAUUUGAAUGCUCAAUCUUAGUGCAGUGACUGCUUCCCUGAUUCUACUGUUUCCUUCAUAUGUUACAGUUUCUGAUGAGAUAAGUUUAAUUUGCAUUAGACCAUGUAACAUUUAAGCAAUAGAAAACGUUUUUUGUGUUUGCAUAGCCUGAUAUAAACACAAGAGGGCUUGGGAGACUUCAAGACAGUUACGCAAACCCUUGACUUCAUCUCGGUUUGCAUAACUUUCACACCUGUACCACUUCUGUGAGCUUGGAUAAUCUGGAAAUUCUUCUAUGCUGUUUCUAAUUUAAAGUACUCAAAAACAUUUCUUGCAGGAGAUAAUGAAUGGAGAAAAUGCUGGUAGCAAUGCAUUUGCAACAAAGAAAAAGAAGCGAAUGUCGGUGGAAAGAAUCUACCAGAAGAAAACUCAACUGGAACAUAUUCUGUUACGUCCUGACACAUACGUUGGUUCUGUUGAGCCAAUUAAACAAAGCAUGUGGGUUUAUGACGAACAGCUGUCAGCUAUUGUUAGUAAGGAGAUAACAUAUGUGCCUGGUCUAUACAAGAUUUUUGAUGAACUGUUAGGUAAGUGACCUAUCAAUAGUUAACAAUAAUUAUUAUUGAAUGAGGCCGAGUAUCAUCUGAAGAAUUAUGAAGAUCUCUGAGGGUGUUAUGCAUGGCCGAGGUGGAUAAAACCCUCUUCAAUGUCCAUAAUUCUUCAGAUGAUACGAAAAUCUGAAAUCAAUAAUUGUUUUAUUAUUCAUUCAAAAUAAUUCCAAGUUUAAAAACAAGCUAAAACGUGCUUUCCUCCAUUGAUGUUAAUUUCUUCGUCAAUAGUGCAUGCUUUUUGGCAAAUGUAGGACAUAAAGGGGUGUUCAGGUCUGCAAAUAUUCUCCAAAUAGCAGAUGUUGUCUGUCAAGUUGUGUUCUUUUUGUUCUUGCUAUCUCUUUAGCCAACAGUUCACCUACUUCGUCUUCCUAUUAGUGAAAUGUUCCGCCAUUUUCUAGUCACUACCAAAACAACUCAACCUCAUCCCCAGGUCUUCUCACUUAAUAGGUUAAAUAAUCUGGCAAUUUUGCUGCACGAUGGACAUCAUUUUUCACAUAAUAUUAUUGCAAAAUCCUUCCAGAUUUGGUCAAAAAUAGCUGGUUCUGAUAAAUUAUGCAUGGACUUUUAGCCAAUCAGAAAUGGAGAAAUAUUCGGAAUGAAUAAUAAUGCUAAGAAUGGGGCUAGGAGUUUGUUUUAAUCUUGAUUAUUUUGUCCUUAAAAUACUUCGGAUUGUGCUUAUAACAGUCCUGUGGUCUCAUGUAACUAGUCCUGUACACUGUACACAGGCUGUAGCUAGUGAUACGUGUACAUUGCAUUUGUUAGUUGUAGUUCAAUGCCUUGUUUAAAUUAAAUUUUCACGCAUUACCUACAAUCACAGACAAAAUUAGUUGGGAAGGUUGUACAACUUAACAGUAGUCCAUUUUAAUCCUGAAAUAAGAGAGUUUUCUCUUUUGCUAAAUAUCCCCCGUCCUCCCUAUUCAAUGUUGGGAUAUAACAGAACAAUUGCCCGCACAAACAUUAACGUUUUGAUCAACAUUGGGCCAGGGGUGGGGGGAGGAAGAAAAAGGAGAGGUAAAAAAGGCAACCUUCCCAACACUUUGGAUGAUGAUUGUAGGUCCACUGUAUUUACAUUUAUUUAUUUGUUUCAGUCAAUGCUGCUGAUAACAAGCAGAGGGAUCCCGCCAUGGGAUGCAUUAAAAUCACCGUUGAUGCGUAAGUGAAGUGUUGAGCUGUGGUGGUAUUUUUAACAUAAAGUCAGAUUACAGCAGCACAAUCUAGUUCAUCACAAAAAAAUUAAUACAACAGUUCUAUUAUUUCUGCAGGCAAAGGUUUAAGCAGACUGAAAAAAAUUACCACUGUACUGCAAAAAAAAUUACUACUGAGACAUGACUGACUGAUUAAUUUACAUUGUACUGUACUUCUUUUCCAGCACAUUUUUGCUGUGCAACUUUUCGCAGUAUCCAGAUACAUUGUUCAUGUGCAAGAGAGAAAAACUUGUGGAUGAAAAAUAAUGUAAUCUGCCGAUAAUAACAUGUACAUCAGGGCUCGACGUUGCGACCUGUGGGGUCGUCAAUGCGACCAGCUUUUACACUGUGGCGACCAAAUUUUCACGCCUUGUCGCUUACCUGGCCCCCAAGAUAGGUGACUCUCGUCUUUGGGAAAACGUGCACUAAUGAUAAUCCGUUAUCCUUCAGAAAACUAAAUCCAUUAAUUCUUAAAUAUAAUUUUUGGUGACCAGAAUACUUGUUCUGGCGACAAAAAAUGAAAACUUGGGGGCCAGCUGGCCCCACUAUUUUUUUCUGAAAGUCGAGCACUGUACAUUGUAACAAGGAUGUUAAAAAUUAUUGUCUCUUAUAGCAAGUUAGAGUCUAGCUGCAUUGUUUAUCAAAACUGUGUUCUAAGGCAUUUUUAUUCUACUUAAUGUUUUGAUCUAGGCACCAUUCAUCAUGAACAGUAACUUUCUUGAAAGCAGACAGCGUAGCCCAUAAAGGCACUUUUCUUCUUAAAAUUACCCACUUAGAAAAAGAUCUGGAGGUCCAAUGACUUCUUAUACCACGGCCUAAGUUAGUCUUUGUUCAAAUAACCGACUGUUAGUAUCUUUGAUAAUGCAGCUUCUUUUGUGAAGUAUUUGGUUCUGGUUAUUAAGUUUUUGCUUUUCACUUAAAUGUAGUGAAAACAAUACAAUCAGUGUUUGGAAUGAUGGACGGGGUAUUCCAGUUGAGAUGCACAAGGAGCAGAAAGUUUAUGUACCCACAUUAAUUUUUGGCCAUCUUCUGACUUCUUCUAACUAUAAUGAUGAUGAAAAGAAAGUAACUGGCGGACGCAAUGGCUAUGGUGCGAAGCUCUGCAACAUAUUCAGUACAAAGUUUGUUGUGGAGACAUGCUCAUCUGAUUCUGGAAAAAAAUUCAAGCAGGUACUAUCAUACAUAUAUAUUCAAGCAGGCAUUAUUAUAUACAGGUACAAGUACUUCUUCUAAACCUAUGCAUGGCUUUCAACAAGACCCUUUACCCAUGGGUACAUUUUCUGCUUCUGUGAAUAUUAUAUUAUGAAUCACUUCCUACAAUGUAGAGUGCAUAAGGACUAUUAUUAUUCAUUCAAAAUAUUUGGCUGUUUUGUGGCCUUAUACCCACAGCUACAGUAGCACAAGAUGUAGUUCUCCUAACCUGCUGAAGCUGAACAAAUUUAGAAGUUGCAGGCGAUUACAAUCAUUGAUACCACACAAGAGAAGCUUACAUGUAGGCCUGUUUCAAAGGUGCUUCUUCUGUGCUGAACUCAGUGUUCUCCUUAUCAGGCGGUAACCGGUAAAAUCUACCGUCUGAAGCAACACUUCUUACCGCCUGCAACCGCUUGAAGGUUUACUAAAAUUGAAUAAGUUGUUUUAAAAAAUACGUAAGUUGUGAUCUGAUCCAAUCAAGGUAAUGCGAAUACUAAACACAGUUUUGAGCAUUGAAGACAAAUUAUUGGAAUCAAACGUUUUUUUAGUGUUGUCUAAAAAUAACAACGGCUGAUUUACAUAAAAUAGGUCUUAAAUGAGGGAAUGACAUGUCAGAGAACUUAGCCCCUAAAUUUCACAGCAAGGUCAAAGCCAUGUCCCCCACUCCACUACCUCCCCCCCAGGAAAGUAGCCUCAUUCUAUUGUCCCUUGCCUGAACAAAAAUUUAGGGAGAACACUGUGAACUAAGUUGAUCAAAUUAAGCUUUACUUAAGCACAACAGCAGCACAACAUCUAAUACCAAGUCAUGCCACUACCGUGUAGCCUCAUUCUCUUGCCUUGCCUACAGGUACAGUCACAUGUACUGCAGCUUUCUCUGACACCUCCUGCACAUCAAAAGUUAUUAAAGCCCUGUGCAUGUAUAUAAUGAUAUCCUGUAAAAUGAAUGUAAAAAAUUGUUUUUUCACACACAACUGAGUGUACUGUAUACAUUUCAUGCACAGGGUGUCAGCUUUUCUACUGUAAUAAUUUAAAAGUUCCAUUCAGGAUCUCUUUCAAACUAGCAACGCUUCAAACGUUAAAUGAAGUGAUACCAGUGAGUACUUAAGGAUUAUGUGUGGAAGUAGAAACAGUUGUACAAGUCUACCAAACUAAUAAUCAGAGUCGUUACAUUUAAGGGUACUUUUGAUUUUGUUUCGUCUACUUUUGAUUUUAGACCUGGACUAAUAACAUGGGUAAAGCUGCAGAACCAAUCGUGAAGGAUUUUAGUGGCAAAGAUUUCACCUGCAUUACAUUUAAACCUGAUUUGGCCAAAUUCAAGAUGGAAAGUCUCGAUAGCGACACUAUCUCACUGCUGGCCAGGAGAGCAUAUGAUGUUGCUGGCUCUGUCAGAGGGAUUGCAGUUUAUCUUAAUGGAAAGAAACUACCAGUAUGUUUGUAAUUCAUGUAUUGAAUGCUUGUGAUUGAUGCCAUAUCUGUACCUGCUUUGGGGCCCAAUUGUUUGAAGGCUGAUUAGCACUAACCUUUCUCUGUUAUUCUUGGAGCAUCCAGUCAUCAAAUUGUUGACAAAAAGAAUUAAACUGUAUUUUUUGUUAAGCUCUCUUAUUGGAAGUUGCGUUUAUUCCCUUCCGCGUGCUUUCCCGUCGUCAACCCAGUCUGUUUUUAAAUCAGUGUAGUAUACGAAUGGCAGCUUAUAAUUUUAGCCACAGCAAUGCAGGGUUGUCAAAAGUAGCCGGCUGCCAGCGAAAACUGCCACUUACUUGGUUAGUAUCGGAUGGCUACUCUGCUUGGAAUAAUAAUGUAUUUCUUUAUAGAUGGCAUUAAAUGCCAUCUAUAAUCCCUGGACUGGCUUCUUACUUUGACAACUUAGCACUCUACAUCAAAACUUUCUGACAACUCUGGCAGUGUGUAGUGGCUUACUGGACACUGCUGAAUAGAACCACAAUGUCAUGUGCACUUGUCUAUUUUCAUUUUGUUCUGAAUAGAUCAAGUCUUUCAAAGAUUAUGUGGGACUUUAUUUGAAAGCCAGAGAUGAUGAAGAAGAAUUAGCUGAUGAUGAAGAUAAGAAAAAGUCACCUAAUUCUGUUGUACAUGAGGUGGUAAACAAACGCUGGGAGGUUUGUGUCACAACAAGUACAAAAGGAUUCCAGCAAGCCAGCUUUGUUAAUAGCAUAGCUACUACUAAGGUAUAGCAGCACUUUAAACAUCUUAUAAUUAUUAUUAUUCUCAUCAGCAUGCAAAGAAAGCAGUGUCCGAUAGCGCAGGGCUAGUGGAUUUUACUAUCGGGCUAGUGGAUUUUACUAUCGGGCUAGUGAAUUCUGUUCUUGACUUGCCCGCCUAGCAAGUGAAAUUUUGUAAUGAAUUCUAAUCGCAAAAGAACUGUAUCAACCCUGCUCAUCAUCGGGCUAGUUAAAAUAACUUUUGGGCUAGUACAUGCUAACUACAGCUUGCACGAAUGGCAAGCUGUAAAACUGAGUUUCUUUGCACCCUGAUUAUCUUGAUGCUUUGUUUAUAUGUGAUCAAAACAAAAUCAGCAUAGCUGUUGGAGUUUGUUUUUGUUCCAAAAAAGCAAACAAACAAAGUUAAGGUAAUUAGGGAAAUGAUAAAAAAAUAAUUCUGGUGUAUCUGACACAGAUGGACUUUCAUUGUAUGUCACAGGAUUUGACGUAAGUGCUAGCUCAGUCGCCAAUGUGAGUGUGAAAGUCUAUCUUUGAGUGGAAAUCAUAGAAUACUUGCCCAGUUUAGUGAGUGAAAUUUCAACUUCUGGAAAAAAAAUUGUAACUGAUUGGUUUUCAUAAAAUAUGACCUUAUAAAUGUAAACAUACCAGUACUAGGCUUAAAAACCUAGCAAUACCAUUUCUCAGUUCUAAUUUGAUUUGGUUAAAUGUUGUUUAACUAAGUUAACCACCACAAUCUUAGCAGUCAAGCGGUUAAUGAGCUUAGUGGUCAAGCAGUUCACAAGCAUGGCGGUCAAGCGGUACACAAGCAAAGAGGUCAAGCAGUUCAUGAGCUUAGCGGUUAAGCAGACCACAAGCUUAGCGAUCAAGCAGUCCACACACUUAGCGGUCAAGCGGUCCACGAGCUUAGUGGGUAUUCAAUGGUCAAUCCCAUAAGUGCAGGCUCACUUGGUACAUGGUAGCUUUGUACACUGCUGGAUCUUUGAGUUCUUCAUUGAGCGUUUGUGCAGCAGUCUGCGGAGCAUCUUCCCCUCCUCCAACCCCUUAUUUUUCCUCCUUCCACUGUUUCAUCAGUGAGACAGGUGCCUGGAAUGGGGGCUCAUGGCUUUGUUGCGGGGAUUUGCUAGCCAUGGGGGCAGUAUUCUAUCUAGGUGAUGGCUGGCCACAGUGGAAUCCCCUAGGUAUCCCAGGCACCUACCUUCCACUUAUAUGCACAUUUAGUAAAUGGUUAAUUUUUGUAUUUCAGGGAGGGACUCAUGUUAAUUAUGUAACGGAUCAAAUUGUGGAGAAGCUCAUGAUUGCAGUGAAGAGGAAGAACAAAGGUGGCAUUGAAGUAAAGCCAUUUCAAAUAAAGAAUCACCUGUGGGUUUUCAUCAACUGUCUUAUUGAAAACCCCUCAUUUGAUUCCCAAACUAAAGAAAACAUGACGUUACGGGCCAAGGCUUUUGGAUCCACCUGCGAUUUCAGUGACAAGUUUAUUAAACAGGUUUGAAAGUUUGUUACAUGUAAUGUAAAACCUGUAUUAAUUAAAAGGGGCACUCUUUACGACCCUUGCAACUGUUCACUCUAUAAAGGUAUGUGUCUGCUUAAUACAGGUUCAGUUUACAGGAGGUAAAAAAAGUUCAAUACUAACACAUGCCAAUCUGCAAUAAUUCUGCAAUAAAAAAUAAGGUUCAUAAAUUAUACUCUGGCAUAGGGUUUUACAUUACCAGGGGUAUUUUAUAUUGUAACAAGUAAAAGCAAUAUAAAUGAAUGAAUGAAUGAAAUGCCACUACGUGCUUGCUGAUCACUGCUUAUUUAUUUGGUACUACAGUAGAACCUCUAUAACUUGCACUCAGACAACUCGAAUUCCACGCUAACUUGAACUAAAUUAUUUUGUUUUGCCUUCAUCAAAAUUUCACUGAAAUUUACCCAGGUAACUCAAAUUCUCUGCCAACUCAAACAGUUUUUCGUCUCCCUUCAGAGUUCGUGUUACCUACUGUAUUUUUUUAAUGCACCAAUGUAAUAGUUGAAGUGCUUUAGCCACAUGUACUGAGAGUUACCUGCAUAGUAGAUACAGUACAGGGCUGUGCUCUAGCAUCCCCCAGUGGCUCCUAGUGACUUACUUUUGGGCCUUGUCAAAAGAAAUCAUACACUGGCCACUCUGAAUUUGUCAGGUUCAGAGCACUGGGGUCCUUCAAAUGUUCUUAGAGCACAGGCUGCCUUGUUAUAAAUAAUAUUGUCAGACAAAUUAAACCCAAGAAAAGUCAUGCUUUCAUUGUAUCAUUCAUCUAAAAUAUUAAUCUCUCUUGGCAGGUGACUCAGUGUGGUGUUGUUGAACACAUCAUGAACUGGGUGAAGUUCAAAGCACAGGUACAGUACUAAAUACAUUAUCUAACUGUAACUUCCAGAAUGAAAUUUUCUAUGAUAUAAGAAUUAUGGUCCAAUUAUUGUUUAUUCCAGAGUCAACUCAACAAGAAAUGUCAGAAAACCAAGUCCAGCAAAAUUCGUGGAAUUCCGAAACUUGACGAUGCCAAUGAAGCAGGUGGACGGAACUCAAAGCAAUGUACACUCAUCUUAACAGAAGGAGAUUCAGCCAAGACAUUGGCUGUGAGUGGCUUGAGUGUGGUUGGCAAAGACCAUUAUGGAGUGUUUCCUCUACGUGGCAAACUGUUAAAUGUACGAGAUGCUUCACACAAGCAGGUACACCUACAUUGCAUGCUAUAUAAGUAAGAUCUGAUACAGGCUUGAUAUCUAAGUUCUGGAAAUAAAAAAUGGCAAGUGUUUCAUGAUGGGGCAGAAGUGUGUUAUAAUCCACACUUUGUCAGACUGCCCUGUAUUUUAACGUACUUGUUGGCAUAAAAAAGUGUAGUAGUUAAAUAGGUACAAAAAAGAAGAGAUCAUGUGGCUAGCUUUUUGGUUGAUGGUUAUCUUAAAGUUUUUUCUGCCCUCUAAUGCUGGCUGUUUUUAGACUUCUAAAAAAGUCACAAUGGCUGCCCUUUGAUUGGGACAUACAGGCAGGUGUUUAAGUUUUUUAGUAUGGUACAAAAGCAUUACCUGGAAAUAAUGAUAAUUAGACUGUAUUCUUCUGUAGCAAUCGGAGUUGUCAUAGUACAUGUACUUUUUAAUGGUCCUUAUCUUAUUAGAACCAUUAUUUACUAGAAUAAAAUUCUUUGGAUGCAAAAUUACCAAUAAAUGCUGUCUUGGAAUAAAUGCUGAACCCAAUCAAAAAAUGCAGUGUUUAUUCAAGGAUGAUAAGAAAGAAAUCGGUACAUUGGUAAUCCACACCAUCGAGUUAGAAAUACAGCAAAUGGUGAGACAUUAACAAAAUAAUUAAUUUUAGUUGUUGUCAGUGAUUCAAGGAUAAAAUAGUGAUUUUGAGGUAAAUACUGCCCUUGAGUAAAUGCCUCCUUGGUAAUGCGAUAUAGAGCACUAAAGCACAGCUUCUUGUAUAGAGGGCGCCUAACUGGCAAAUUUUAGCCUAACAGUUUCUUAGUCAUGGGUUUUAACUGUUUGUGAUUGCAGAUUCUUGACAAUGCAGAGAUCAACAACAUUAUCAAGAUUCUUGGUCUGCAAUAUAACAAGAAGUACUCAUCAGAGGAUGAUUUAAAGAGUUUGAGAUAUGGACAUGUUAUGAUUAUGACUGAUCAGGAUCAGGAUGGAUCUCACAUCAAGGGACUUCUCAUCAAUUUCAUUCACAGUAAUUGGCCACAGUUGACUCGUUUGCCCUUCUUAGAGGAGUUCAUUACUCCAAUUGUUAAGGUCAGUGUUGACUUUCCUUUAUAUCCGAUUAUGGUUACUCUUCUCAGACAAUGGAAAGUUAUUAAAAAGCAGUGAUCAUGAAUGAAGCUAUUUUACAAUGUAAUUGACCCGACUGCAUCGAUGUUCACUGCUAAAAUGACACAGGGUUCUCCAGAAGCAUCGGCUACUCCCUGAAUUAUUUCAAGAGGAAAAUAUUGAAUCUGUCAAGUCUUUGCUUCUCAACUCUUUGUUGAAUGAAAAAAAAAAAAAACAGUUAUAUAAAGUAAAGCAAAUGUAGCUAAAUGAAGCUGCCAUUCUCAUGGCUAAAAUCCCUUGCCUGGUCACUCAAAAUACACUGAAAUACACUUUGUAGGAACCCCCAAUUUACAAUAAGGAAGGCUCCCAGGUUCCUUUAGUGGGUGCGGGGAGAAGGGCGGCUGAUUCCACUUGUAUACCUGCCCCUGUCCACAUGCAAGUGCUUUUCGGUCUAAUCUAUUGCUGCCUACUUCAAUGUUGUCUCCUUCCUCUUGAAAUGUUGUGGACAACACUGAUGAGAUGAUAUUAAUUUGGCCUCCCUCAGUAUCAGAAAAAGUGACUUACAGAAGAUGCUUCUGUGUGUUCAGCCUGUUUGAUUCCUGGACAUCAAGCCAUUGUGGUUGACCUCUGAUUCCUGUGCCGAUUGUGUCAAACUUUAACCCUUUGAAGGACAUUAUUUCUCUCUUGAACUUUAUGAUGUAUCUGCUGCUUUGUGUGUGAGUAGCUCUUGGUUGAAGUUUUCAUGGACCUUAACUUAAGCCCUAGCCCUUUCAUCACACCAAAUGGUAUGGAAAUCAUUUUGGAUUUACUAAAAUUGUUUACAAUAUUUUUUUCUUCUUUUCGUAAAAGGUAAGCAAAGGCAAAGAAGAGAAAUCAUUCUACAGUAUUCCUGAAUACGAGGAAUGGAAAAGCAGCACAGAGAAUGUCAAAUCUUGGAAAGUAAAGUACUAUAAGGGGUUGGGUACGAGCACCCCUAAAGAAGCAAAAGAAUACUUUGCUGAUAUGCAUCGUCACCAGAUUCAGUUCCAUCAUGAGGGUGCUGCUUGUGAUGAAGCCAUACUUAUGGUAUGUAUGAUGUCAUUUCUGGAAUUUAACCUCUCUCUAUACUCCUGUGGCAUAUUAUGAUAAAAUAUUUCUUUAUUUUGUUCUUCAUUGUUGAUUAUGGAGAUCUGAGCUUAAAUUUGUAUGUGCAUUUUCAUCUUUGCCACUAAACUUGCAAUGUCAUAUUGCACAAUUCACUACACUAACCCAUACAGGACAUACCAGUACAUUGUAAAGUAUUGUCCAAAGAAACCUUAAUGUUUUUCUCUAACCCUACUGCUUCUGGUAUAUUAGUAAUUAAUAUUGUCUACAGUAAUUGCCGUGUUAGUAAUGAACUGUUGUGAGUACAUGUUUGUGUUUGCUAUUUUUGUUCCUUUUCCAAAAGGCAUUCAGUAAGAAGAAAGUAAAUGAUAGGAAAGACUGGCUUACACGUGCCAUGGAUGACCGCAAAUGGAGAAGGCAGCAAGGUCUUUCAGAGGUGAGUUACGUAAGGAGAAACACUGUAGAUGGCAAUCAUUGAUAAAGAACUAAUGCUAAAUGAACACCUGUGUUAUAUGCGCGCUUUUGAUCAUAUCUACACGGAAAAGGUGUGUUAUAAAUUUUUAAUUGUUAUUAUUAUUAUUAUUAUUAUUAUUAUUUGUGACAAUUGCCAAAGCUGUAGAGGUGUUUGAGUUUUCUAAGAUCUCACUUCAAAACUGUAUUAUGCCUUUUCCUUUUCAUUUAAUUGCUGAGGAAGAGGCCUGGGCCCAGUUGUUUGAGAUUUUUUAACCUGAAGUUAAAUAACCCGGUUUCUCUUUCUUGUGUUCAAAAACUGUAUUUUUUUUUCUGUUAUAUUUGCUUUUUCAACUUUUCAAAAAGAAUUUGAAAUUCUUUUUAAGCUUUCAAAUCUGAAUUCAAAUCUGGCACUAAUACUGGGUUAUCUUAACCCGGCUUUGAACAACGCGGCCCUGAAGUCUAAUCAUCUUAUAAACUUUUUUCUUGCAGGUUUACUUGUAUGAGAAGGACACAAAGUCAGUUUCAUACUCUGAUUUUGUUAACAAGGAACUUAUUUUGUUUUCAAAUGCUGACAAUGAACGAUCAAUUCCAUGCUUGGUUGAUGGUAAGCUAUGAUUCCUGGUACCCCACCGCUGAUGGCCUGUGAAGAGUCAUGACUUUGAUUAAUCUUACAAUCCACCAGUGAAGCUAGUCUAGCUAUUUGUAGUCAAUAGCUGGCCAAAAACGCAAAUUACCCAAAUGUUGUUUACAAGUUGAGCACCUAAAUUACAGUUAAUUUUGUAGUUCAGACAUGUACAGAAGGUAAAAUUCUACUGCCCCCUGUCUUGACCUUUAGCUUCUGCUUUCUCUCCUCCUUGCUCCUUUAUUUUUUCCUUUUUUCCUUUGCUUGGCAUCCUAUACUAGGCUUUAUUUCCCUAAUUUCAGUGGGAAAAGGUUUUGGCACAAGGGCUGUUGUUCCACACAGGCAGUCACGGAUGUCACUAAGAUUUCAAGUUACCGGGUAAAUACAACAAGUAGGCAGGGAAUCAGACAGCUAGGAACUUCGUUUGGUUAUAUUUUUCUUCUGUUUUCCUACAGUUGGAUGAAACUAGCUGGGGAAAACCCUGGCUCCUGCCUCUUAAUAUCAGCCCUGGGAAGUUAUAGGCAGCUGGGGUUGUGAAUAAAUGAUUAACCUUGUUUCCUGUUUUUUGUUUUUGUUUUUUUUUAUCAUUAUUAUUAUUAUAGGUAUGAAACCUGGACAGAGAAAGGUUCUUUUCACUUGCUUUAAGAGGAACGACAAACGAGAGGUUAAAGUAGCCCAGCUUGCAGGAUCGGUGGCUGAAUUGUCUGCCUAUCACCAUGGUGAGGUGAGUGAUCAACUCUUCUUUUUCUUUGUUCCGUGAGAACAAAACAUUUUUCACUUUCUUUGGUCCCACGCCAGGCCAGUUUAAAUCCUUUGUGGAUCUUUCUGUUACCUGUAAUAAUCCACUGGUUGUGGGAAGGCAGCGUGCAAAGAAAGUAGUGUCCGAUAGCUCGGGACUAGUGGAUUUUGCUAUGGGGCUGUUGCGGUCUUUUUCUUACGUUGCCCAACAGGCAAGUGAUGUUUUUCAAGGAAUUCAUAUCACGGAAGAAGUCAAAACCUAGUCAUCAAAAAUUGUUUGUAGUGUUAGUUGAAAUGGCUUUUGGACUAGUACAUGCAAGCUACAGCUUGUCCGAAUGGCAAGCUGCAGAACUCCCUUUUUUACACCCUGGAUGGGGUAUGCAAAUUAACCUUCACCACAAUGCUCUUUCAUCAUCAUUCAAAGUUCUUUCAGAGGUAAGAACAAGAAAAUUCUGCCUUGUACUUAAAACGGGAUUCUUAUACAAGUGUAGUUCGUGGGAAUCUAGGAAAGGGAUAGAAUUCCAUUUUCUUCGUCACUUUGUUCCUCGCUAGUGACGAAAGCAUAAGCAUAAGCCUAUAAACGUGGUUCUGAUUAGCGACUUAAGAAUACAUGUACUGCAAGUACGAGCCAUCAGUUAGUAAGGAUGAAUAUCAAAACCUUCCUUUCUUCUUACGCUUUUGCUAAUGUUUUUUCACAAACGUCCGCACUACCACAUAUGGUUCUUAUACUCAUUCUUUUGCUUAUGCUUGCAUUAUGUUUAUUCUUAUGCUUUUGCUUUAUGCUUGUUUCACUGAUGAGGACUGGGCUUAACUGUGCAUCAUUUCAGAUUGCCCAUUUACCCCUUUCCGGAAACCCGUGGAAAAAUCAGGGAAUUCUAGAACAUACCAACCAUACAAAGCCUAAUAAAAUGUUGAACACUUAAUCAAAUACGGUCAAAUUUUGUGGUUGAAGAGGUCAUUGGAAUGGUCUACAUUGUAAGGUUACACAAAAGCGUUUGUCAAAUUGAAGGUUAAAACUGAAUUGCUAGACAAAAAAGGGACUUUGGUAAACUGCCAAGUUUUCCUUCCAAAUUACUGUACUUCAAAUUUAUUGUUAAACUAAAAAAAAGAGAAUUUGAGGUUACUUCAUUAGUCACCCUGGAAUAGUGAUAGGGUCAAACUAAUUUUCCGUGUUAAUUCUCGGCAGACAAGUCUUAUGGGCACCAUCGUCAACUUGGCACAGAAUUUUGUGGGUAGCAAUAACGUCAACCUGCUGCAACCCAUCGGCCAGUUUGGUACCCGCAUCCAUGGUGGCAAGGAUGCUGCUAGCCCUCGUUAUAUCUUUACCAUGCUAAGCCCUUUAGCCAAGCUCCUGUUUUCCGCACACGACAUGCCCAACCUGACUUACCUGUACGACGACAACCAGCCCGUUGAACCAGAAUGGUAUUGUCCCAUACUACCCACAGUGCUUGUGAAUGGUGCCGAGGGGAUUGGCACUGGUUACAGUACAAAAGUGCCAAACUUUGAUGUGCGGCAGAUCAUUGACAAUCUAAAGAAAAUGAUCAAUGGAGAAGAACCAGAGGAGAUGGUAAGGCUAAUUAUAAUUACUUAAUAUACUGUACUGGAACUAAGAAACUAAAAAAAAUGCAUUUUUAUGGAAAAUAUCUAAGUUUGCCAUAUUUUCGGUUGUCACUUCUAUCAGCCGUAAAGUCUCGUUUCUCGGCCUGUGAGUCAAAAGGCUAAGCAACAGUAUUAUUAGAUAAUAAAUUUUAUUAAAAACUGAAUCUUUGGAUACUGCAAUUCCAGAGCUCUGAUUGGCUUAGCCAUCAUGGUAUAUGAGCCUUUAUACCAUGCUCUCCAAGUAUAGUAACUGUACGCGUCUGCUCAAAAUUAAAAACAAGCUGAAAAUCGGUUGUUUUUACAAAUAAAGUCGGGAAGAAUUCUCGAUAUUUUGUAGGCGUUUUUACUAAAACAAUUAUUCCACUCGUGAUAGCCAACUGGGCGCUACACGCCUCGUUGGCCAUCUACCAUCUCAUAUACAACGCCACUCGUGGAAUAAUAGUUAAAUUUUCGUUGCAAACCAAACGACAUCUAAAAUUAUGAGAGUGAAGUUUCUUCAGUCAGUGACACAGGCGACUGGAAAAGAAGAAAUGCGUGUACUGACUACUCACAAUAUGAUAUGGCGCCUACUGACCACCUCUGGUUAGUAGUCCGUCCAGAUGCUCAGCUCUAACAGGAGAAUCACUGGAGCUGCUGAGGCGAUUAAAGGGCCUAUCUCACGAGUAUAUUGCUGUUCGAGGUCAUUUCUGUGCUGAAGUCAUUUCUCGGUGUCUUUGGCCCCUACACUCAAUUCUCCUGUAGAGUUAUGAGACGAUUUCACACAAAUUUCAUCAGGGAACACUGGCCAUAUUUAUUUUUUGGUUAUUUUUGCAGGCAUGGCUUAAAACUAAAAAAAAAGUGGCCCAAUUUUUUUUUAUUUUUUUAAUUCGUCCCCCCCCCCUCCCUAACUAUGUUCAUGUUAAAAAUAUCCUGUACAUUGUUAGGGUCGGAUUAUUUGAAGGUAGUGUGUACGCAGUUUUAAUUUACAUCGAACACUGCUCAUCCGUUUCAGGCUCCAUCUUACAAGAACUUUAUUGGCACCAUCACUCAAGUCGAUUCCCAGAAAUACCUUGUCCGUGGAAAUGUGGAGGUUGUUGACACCAAAACUGUAGAAAUUACUGAGCUUCCAGUGGGAACCUGGACACAAGCUUACAAAGAGAAUGUGUUGGAGCCGAUGCUGCACGGAACAGAAAAAGUGCCUCCCGUUAUAACGUAAGAUACCCAUUAUCAGACUACACUAUUAGAAUCACUUUGUAGUCAAGCCAGGUCAAGCGUUGACCUGGCUUGACUGUAAUAAUUUAUAGACGUCGGGUUCAUUAUUUUAUGAUCUUGGAAUGAUGUGCGUGUACGGCCGUAUCCCCUCGUUACAUCAGUCUUUAGGUUGUUUGGAAGUAGCAAUUCGCAAGAAGUUAGAUGCAUUUGUAUAUUAAGAGUCUUUGCACGGAUUAUGGUAAAGCGAUUAUAUCUGAGUCACGCAAAACCAAAAAAAUGUCAUUGGUAGAGUUUGGGUUUGGGUUAAGCCUGGAAACUCAUAGGAAACAAUUUUUUAAAUCAGUUAUCACUUUGACAAAAACAAAAACAAAAGAAAAAAAAAUAAAAAGCAGCUGGUCUUAAAACCUGAAAAAAAGUGCGAAGACCGUGGUGAAAACGUUACUCUUAAUGUGAUAUGUCAGAUAUUUGCCUUGUUCUUUUUUGCGUUUAAUAAAAUCGCAAAUAAGAACCUGGCCAAUAUUCAGCUAUCUUGACCUCACGCAUAGUCAAAAACGCAUUUCCAGCCAGUCAUAACUCUUCACCAGCAAACCAUUCUUAGACAAGAUUCCUUUCGUUACCUAUGUUUUAGUGAUUACAAGGAUUACUAUACAGACACAUCUGUGAAGUUUAUAAUCAGCAUGACAGAGGACAAGCUCGCUGAGGCUGAACAGUCAGGACUGCACAAGAAGUUUAAACUUGAAAGCACCAUUUCCACUAGCAACAUGGUAAGGUUUCUAGGCGAGACAAGGAGUUUUGACAAUUAUAGUGGUUGAAAAAGAGCCGAGGUUGACAGUCUGUUCUUAAGGUAAAAUACUCAAUAUGAAAAACAAGAUUCAUUGCCAACAAAAUAGCUCUCAGAAUCGUGCAAAGUACAUGUAUAUGCAGAGCGUUUUAUUUCAACUCAUAGAAAAAACACAGAUUCCAUUAAGCCAGAAACUCAUAAGGGGUUUCUGAUUAAGCUUAAAGAUGUCUUUCUGACGAAAUUUUCGCGAGUUGUGUCUUUCUUAUUUCAGUUUUUUUGUUUUUGUUUGUUUGUCUUUUUUUUUCAAAAUCGCAGAGUUUAAAAUUUAAGAGACUUCGUACAAACUCAAAGUAGUUGCUUACAAUCUAGACGUUCAUUUUAUUAAAUUCUCUAAUUUGGUUAGCUUUGUUAUAGCAUGAUUAUGCCCAAAUACCCUAUUGGUACUUAAUGUCGCGGCUACUUUAUUUCGCGAUUUUUGCAAGACAGUAUUUCGCAGGGUUUUAUUUUCCCGAUUUAAAUUGGAAAAUAUGAAAAAAAGGCGUUGAAUUUCGCGAUUCAAGCGUUCUCAACUUCACCGAAGUUUUGAAAAUUUCUAGAUACACUGGAACAAGCAAAACGCAUAUGUACUUUUUUUUGUACGAAUCUAGCGAUUCAGUUAAAAGAUAGCUAGAUGAUUUCUCUUCUCUACUUUAUAUGUAAAGUCUUUGCAAAUUAACGUUACUUCAAAGCAGAAGAUACAAAAUGGAAUUUACCCGUAAAAUCAUGAUUUGUCAAUACAUAUCCUGUAUAUGUUCUUGUUUUUACAGUAUUGAUCUUUUUUUGCUGUGAUUUGAAUUUUCAAAAUAGAUAUUGAAUUUCACGAGCCUUUAAUUUCACGAUUUUUUUUACAAUCGCGAAAAGCGCGAAUUUUAAUACCCGGGAAAUUAAGUACCAAAAAGGUAGAAAGAAUUUAAAUUUUCCUAACGUCAAACGAACUUAAAUUAUUUUAGGUACUUUUUGAUUCCAUGGGCUGUCUUCGCAAGUUCGAUUCACCGCUGGAUAUUCUGAAGGAAUUUUUUGAGCUUCGUCUGGAGAGAUAUGUCAUUCGUAAAGCGUGGCUUGAAGGAAUGCUGGCAGCGGAAUCAGAAAAAUUGAACAGUCAAGCUCGGUUCAUUUUGGAAAAAAUCGAGGGCCAUAUCAUUAUUGGUGAGAGAAGAACCAAGACAUUAUUUAAUCUAUUAUUAUUGGAUACUUAGCGGGUAGCAACCGUAUAGUCUUCUCUGCCAUUUGAUGUGCGUUGCUUUGUUCUCUUUUUUUCUGCGUCCAGGCACGUAGAGCUUAAUAAAGGUGUUGUCACACUAGGCCAAUUUCUGUUGUGAAUUGUCUUACAAUUUUUGCCUAGAAAUAAGUGUUGCAGCGAACACCCUGGAAAUAAAAAGGCUCGCCGAGACGUUUUCGUAGCCGCACGCGUUAUGCAAAGUAGAAUCACGGAUGCAUCGACCAUCACGGCCAUUACUAAAUAGGUUGAGACAUGUUUAUUUCAGGGGAUAUUUCUCUAAAACAACCCCUAAAAAUAGUCUCGCAACGGCGCAGACCCAGUAGAAAUAUUCCCUUCCACGUUUUUUUUCCCGAUUAUCCCAAGUCGACCAGAUACUUUAAAGGACAGAGAUUAGGUUGGAGCUGAAGGGAGGGAACCGCGUUAAGAAAGAGAUGGUACAAUUUAUCACCUUGCCGUUCCCGUUCUCAAGUAAACUUAAAAUUUGGUCUGUAGUUUCACGUUCUACUUGUGCAGUGACGGUAUUUGCAAAAAAGCGUGAUGCACGUGCAGAGUUGUUGUUUCGCUCAUUAAACCCAUUCCCUUUUCUGACGUUCCCGUUGCUGUCACUAUCGUAGUUUCAUAAGGUCCCUAAUAUUUGCUCGCAUCGGAACCGGGUAUCUCAAGCUCCUUUAUGCCCGGUGAAACAACUUAUAUCUUGUUUGUUACAAUACAGAGAACAGAGCUAAGCGUGAUGUCAUCACUACCCUUGUUCAGCGUGGCUAUCCAUCAGAUCCAGUCAAAGGGUGGAAAGACAUUCAGAAGUCAAGUACCGCCGCGGAGGCAGACGACGAUACCAGUGAUGACUCUUCUAGCGUGGCGAGUUCUGCUUCUGGUGCAGGCGGUCCUGACUUUAAUUAUUUAUUGUCCAUGUCACUGCUGUCGCUUUCCAGAGAGAAGAAAGAAGAACUGUUGAAAGAAAGAGAUAACAAGGUUUGUUUAAGAGCUUGUAAUUCCCUCACAGUCUGCCCUCCACUGAUAGAGGGUUAAUUUUUGUUUCGGUUGUGUCGAUUUGGCGUUCGGCAUAAUUUUGAUUGCAGUUCUCAACUUUGCUGUCAGAAUUGGAAAUAACAUUUUAUUAAUGUCAUCAUCAUCAUUUAUAUUAUUAUUAAAACGUGACAUGAUAUCUCACAAGUAUUCUGACAUCUUUUAAUUCGUUUUCAACUCAUCUCUCUGAUAUCCACAUUGUUAUUGCACAGGCGGAGGAGCUAGAGGUUUUGCGCGGCAAGUCACCUCAAAUGCUUUGGCUUGAAGACCUUGAUCAAUUCCAGGAUGAGCUUGAGGUUUGUAACCUGUGUUAACGCAACCUUUGUUGAACCAUUUAGAACCACUACCGCUUUUGAAAUCUAAUUUUUGUGUUUGUUCUCUGUGUGUCUAUUUAAAGCGAGUUGAGCAGCAAGAAAGAGACGAUGAAGAAAUGUGCGUGAAACCCAAAAGCGGACGUUCAGCGCAGCAGAAAAAGAAACCUUCAAAGCAAGCAAAGAAAACAGACAGCAAGCCAAAGGCGGAGCCAAAGAAGCCGGUUGUCGUCGCCGAGAACAAAGAAAGUAAGAAAGCCCAGGCCAAGGGUGGGAAAGGAAAGAAAACAGACCCGAAAACAUCAGAAAAGAGUGAUGACUCAUUCGAGUUUGACGAGGGCGAGUCGGCAGCUCCUAUGUCUUUGGCAGCUAGACUGGCGAAGCGUCAGAAACCUCUCAGUUCAUCGUCAUCUUCGUCUGGAACAGAAUCAAGUUCUAAAGCCAAGAAGCAGGCAACUUUAGAGAGGUUCGGCAGUAAGAAGGCUCCUAAAAAGAGAGCACAAAAGGCGGCGGAGGACAGUGAUGAUGAUUUGAUCAUGGAAUUUAGUGAGGAGGACGAGGAAGAAAUCUCUGCACCUGCCGUGAAGAGAACAGCUCGAGCAGCCGCUGCAAAAAAAGUGAGCAAUUAAUACGAUUGCUUUUUACAAAACCCGAGCUUUUUAAGAUGUCAGUUGACAUUUUCAAUUGUUAUGACACUUUCGUUUCCCUUGGUUCUGAUGCCUGUUACAUUGUUUUUAGGCCUUCUCAGCAAGCUCCGAUGAAGACGAUGAUGUCAUAUCGGUUACCUCGUCUAAAAGUUCAACGAAACCAAGCGUGGAUAGCGCGAACAGCGAUGCAGAAUCCGACAAGAGUGAUGUACAGGCUACACGGGCUUUGAUCGAGAAGCUGUCACCUACAAAACCUUCAAAGCCCACCCAAAAGGUCAGACCUAUUCAUUAAAUAAUUGACUUAGAUCAUAGUUAAUAGAGUGGAUUUUUUAUGAAGCCCGUCAGACUCCUUUGUUAUAUGUUUUUGUGGUCCUGACAGUGCACAACGUCCAAUGGACGCCCAUUUUGUAAAUGUGGAGUUGUUGGAAUUUUUGACAAAACAUGUCUGGACGGCCAGUUUUCAAUGUGGUAAAAGCCUGGUGAGGACAGUGGAACUGUUAAUGUGGAGUUGGAAUUUUGAUGAAAAACCCCUCAGAAGAGAACUAUUAAGUUUGCUUACCACUGCUUUUCGUUUUCUUCCGGUAGUUGUAAAAUCAUGACACGCCCUUGAUAUUUUUGUUUUGUCUGACUAAGCAGACUAGCUGGACAUGUGUCCUUUCAACAGAUAUAAAAUUAAUCAUUUGCAGCUCAGGGGCCGGUUGCUCGAAGCCUGGUUAGCGCUAACCGUUGGUUAAGAGGUAUCAAAAUGUAUAGGUUUCCACGGUAUUUAACGCUGGUUAGCACUAACCAUGCUUCGAGCAACCCGAGCCUGUUGUUUUCAUUCACACGUCUGAUUGUUAUCCAUUCCGCUAUUUCUAACUUUACAGGCAAAAGAAGCAACAAAGAAGCCGACUAAGGCCAAGGCUGCCGAAGCACCACCAACUAAAGAGCCAGCCAAGAAAGGAAAACGGGCAAAGGCGGCGGCGGUGAUCAGCAGUAGCGACGAAGAUUCCGAUUCAGUCUCCAAGAAACCAGCAGCCGUUAAGAAAACAAAGACAUCCAAGGUACUGGUACCCAGACACCCUUUACUACAGUCCACGGCAAAUGGUUUAAUAAGGCUGUGUCACGAAAUUUAUCAAAAUUCAAAGAUUAGGAACCGCCACCAAAUUGAGGGAAACAUAAAAUAACAGCUCAAAAAGUUAGAAGAAGGUAUAAGGAAGCAAGGAUGGACAAACUUGAAGAAGAUUGAAAUUGUGGUUUUUGAAAACUUGUUCACCUAACAGUUUUUCAAAGUUCAUUUUUGUUGUUUGUAACGAUUGAUAUGAUGCUUUGGAGAUGAUUUUGUCGUUCGCAGGUAAUUUCUCAAGCUUCAUAGUGAAUAAGGACGCGUAACUGGCAUUAAAAAAAAAAAGAACUAGACAGAGUGAGACACACCAUUUUUUAGCUUCCCUCCCUCGGGCACUGUUUUAGCGGAUAGGCGUAAGGGUCACUGUUCAAUUUUUUUUAAACUCCUUAUCUUAAUUCAGGGUACACAAACAGUGUUUUUUCAGAAGAGGCGCUAGCCAGCUGAGGGGUUUACCUCGUUGUAAGAACCUGUCAAGUUUUCCCUUUGUUUUGUUGCUAAUCUUAUUUUCCCUCUAAUUAAUAAUUGAGACCGAGGUUCCUUUGAAGCCUCUGCAUGAGCGCUGGGUUGGAAAUUAGAAUGGCAUAGGCUGAAAGUGGCGUACGAAAAAGAAAAGCUUUCUUCAUUCCAAGAUAUUUAACAUUCACUUUAUUGAUGAAUAUAUGAAUUUUGUAAAUUGGAACUGCGGAAUGAAGAAAUAAAGCAAAUAAAUGUCUGAAUUUUGUCAGGCUUUCUUUUCGCAACUGCGUAAGUUGCGUCUAUUACUGCGAUGAUUUUCUUUGCAUUUAUUUAUUGAUUUAUUGCCGCCUCAGCUCAUUCUACAGACUGCUAAUUGUGGUUCUUUUUUUCUCCGUUUUCUCAUUACCACAGGUUCAGAAGUCUCCACCAAAAAAGUCCAAAACCAGCCGAGACAGCUCCAGUGACGACGAACCGCUGGAAACUGCCGCUGUUCGAGCCCGCGCUCCACGCGCUGGAAGAGCUAAGGCAGCAGUGAAAUACUUUGAAGACAGCGAUGACGACGUUAACGAUAAGGAAAAUGAUGACACUAAAGACUGGUCGAUUUCUGAUAGCGAUUUUGACGAAGAGUAGGUAGGGAGAGAGAUACUUCCGUUUUCGGCUUUGAUGAAACAGAAGAGUGUUGCUUACGUUAUGUUUGAUUCUGAAUUUUAGAAGCAACGUUUGCCAGGUGCAACUUGCACUCUAACAUGCAACUUUCGCCCGUUAUCGUUACGUUCUGUAUUGUAAGAUAACACAAAAUACCUGCCACUUAUUGGUAUAUUAAGGCUCAUUGCGUUGGCAUGAAAAUGGUAUAAUUUGGUAUGAUUCUUUAUGCAAUGUAAGAUUUUCGUUGGGAAAGGUAUGUGAGCAGGUUGUUCAUGAAACACGAUAUAUGUUAAGCUCCUCUAUAAACGGUUACAUGUAUUACCGAAGGAGUAUCAGAUCAUAUUGUGCCCUUGUAUUAGAUUAGAACUGGUACAGAUUCUCGAAACUGUAAAUAGCACUUUGUUUUAACUACGGGCUUGUAUUGGAAUAUUCAUAUUGGGUUGUAUUCAGUAUAAUAAAACAGAGGCUGAAGAAAUGC